CACGACUUGUUUUGUGGACCAAACGGCUUCUUCUAAUGACAGAUGCAAUCUCUUAUAAAUGAUCGCAAAGUUGGCCAGAUAAGCCCGGGAGAGUUUUGUCGCACCUUGACCGAGUCAGGGUAUUCUGCUUUGGCUCAGAACUGCUUCCAAAAUGUCUUCCCCAUCAACUGCCACAAUAAUGCGGCGGUCAACAGCUUAUCUCUAGAGACUCAGGAUUUCCAGUUUUUGUUGAGUGGGUGUGCCGAUUCUUCCAUCAAGUUGUGGGACUUACACUUCCAGGAACAGCUACUGUCGCAGAAUGACGUGGAUGACGAAUUGCCCGACUAUGAUAAUCCUGUUCGAGUGUUUAAAAAUAUUGCAACUGUUCCUCGUAAAUCGUAUCAUGAUUUUGGUGUUUCUUGUAUUCAAUGGUGGCCGGUUGAUACCGGGAUGUUUGUGCUGGGCUCCUUUGACCAUACCAUCAAAGUAUGGGAUACUAAUGAGUUGAGUGUGGCGUAUGAAUUCAAUCUCAAUAACCGUGUGUAUUCCUUUGACACAAACUAUGAGAAUACCUUGAUAGCAACCGCCAGUGAUCAGCCCUUUAUACGGCUUCUUGAUCUCCGGUCUGCCUCCAGUGCCCAUACACUCACCGGCCACAAGGAAAAGACUCUUUGUGUCAAAUGGCACCCUAGAAACCCCAAUCUCCUCGCAUCAGGAGGAUUCGAUGGAGAAGUCAAAGUAUGGGAUAUCCGAAGAAGCACCGCAUGUUUGUGUCGACUUGAUAUGCUACGGACCAGCUCCUCUGUGCAGGCGAAGGGGAAUUUGUCCAGAGACUCGGUGAAAGCACACCUGGCUCCUGUCAAUGGUUUGGUGUGGGACCCAUUGGGUACUACUCUUUUCAGUGCCGGUAAUGACGAUAGAAUCAGGGUGUGGGAUAUGCUCUCAUUUACGUAUCCACCUGUCAAUAAGCUCACGAGUUUCGGGCCUCUCAUGAGAAACAAAUAUCUUCAAACCAUUCCCAUAACAUUGAACUACAGAUAUGAGAGCGAAUUGCAGCAUUUAAUCUUUCCUAGUGAUAACAGUGAUAUAUUUGUGUUCCGAACCAUUGACGGCAAACUAGUCAAGCGACUCAAUCGUAAAGGAUCCAAGAAUAUUGGCAGAACCUGUUCCAUUGCAAUGGGUGCACCAUUUCUGAAUAGGUUCUAUUGUGGAACCAUAGAUGGUGAGAUCCUAGCCUUUUCCCCCAUUCUAAAUACUGUGAAGAAGAGCGACAUUAUAGACCAAACAUAUGUGCUCCACCAAGCUCAGAUUCAUGGUGCCUCCCUUUCUGUGGGUUCCGAUGACGAACUUAUCAAAAAAGCCAGACUCGCUGUCAAGUCAGGCAAUUCUCUAGAUAUAGACAAGCUAUAAUGAUUUACGACAAUUUU